CGCCUCACCCUCCAGGAGCAUGGAUUCCGCUGGCUCCCAGGAAGAAAAAUUCAUCCCACGCUUCGCCAGCUUCAAGCCUCGGCCAGCCCCUCCGCCCGAAGCUGAUCGGCCGCCCGGGCGCCCCAGUCGCGACACCUCCGACCGCGAUGAGAAGUCCAGGCACCGCUCCAAGCACCGUUCACGGCAUAGAACCCAUCAUGACCGCUCCAGGUCCCGAGAACGUCGCAGGGAACACAGGGAACAUCGUUCCUCGCAGAGGGAAGCCAGUCACCGUCGUCGAGAGCCCACUCCCGAAUAUUCACGAGCAUCUGUAUCGAGCCGCAGCGUAAAGCCCCCGACCGAGGAAACCUCAGAUCUCUACUUCAUAGAUAGCAAGGGCGACCGGUACAACCUCAUAUACGGAACCAUACAUCGAUACAGCGUCCCGCAAUAUCAUCGGGUCGGUCGUGGCAGUGUUUUGGGCCUACCCCCCAGCUACAAGAUCGAUCGGGAGAGCGCGGUCGAGGACGUGUUGGUUAUAACGAGCGAACGUAAGACGGAAAAGUCCAGGGCAAAAGCGAAGAAUAUUCUUUCGGGCCUAGAUAAGAGCAAAGCGCGACUACUUCGAAUACGGCCAGAGUCUCUGCUUAAUGCAGCCGCAGACACGAAGGACUAUAUUCCUUUGAGUACAUCCAGCAAUGAGAAGCGCCGCGACUUUCUGGAAAUCGACUCGGGUGACGAGAAAUAUGCAUAUCGGUCGAUUCAUGGUAAAGCAAAACCAGGCGAAGACUUACCCAGCGAUGUGGAAGCUGUCUCCGAGACGGAUUCGGACAGAGAGGGUGGCCGGAGUGACCCCGACCAGGAAAUCAAACAACGCAAUGCGGAAUUAUUGUGGAAUAUUGAAAACCACCCUACCGACGUUGUCGCAUGGCUUACGCUCAUAGACCAUCAAGAAUCGCUUCUCCGGGGAUUCGAGAGAGAGUCUAGCUCUUUGACGUACGCGGAACAGAAGGGUUUGGCGGAUAUCAAGUUAUCGCUGUACGAAAAGGCGCUGAAGAAGGUCGGACAGAGCCCUGCGAGGGAUCGUCUUCUGCUUGGCCUUCUCGAGGAGGGCGCGAAACUAUGGGACACCAAGAAGCUGUCCGCUCAGUGGCAGACAACCUUGAAGUCAAACCCUCAAUACAUCAGUCUUUGGAUCCGAUAUCUCGACUUCCGCCAAACCGAGUUUCUAGACUUUACUUAUGAGCGAUGCUUCGCUACUUUCCUUGAGUGUCUGAGACUCAAUGGGUCCUCGUCAGAUAAACCCGAGAGGGUCCGAAUCCACUUGUAUCUGUUUCUUCGGUUGACACUUUUCGUUCGCGAAGCUGGGUUUACGGAGCAUGCUGCGGCUCUCUGGCAAGGAAUUCUAGAGAUGACUUACUUCCGACCCGACUCAUUCGACGGGGACCGGAGCCCAGAGGAUGUGAUGUCAGCUUUCCUCGAGUUUUGGGAAUCAGAGGUGUCUCGCGUUGGUGAAGCAGGCGCUAAAGGGUGGAGGAGUGCAGGAAAUGUGCUCCAGAACCCGAGUGAGACCGAAAAGCCUCGAUUCCAGCUCGAUGCACGAUCCUUAUUCGCAACCUGGGCACCGUACGAAAGGGAUCGUAUUGUCAACGCUCGCUUACCAGCUCGCAGCAUCGAUGAAUCGGAGGAAGAUGACCCUUACCGUGUCAUCAUUGCAUCUGAUCUCGAAGAAGUCUUAUCACUCGCAUGGCAGACGAACCCGGAUGUGCUGGUUGACAGUUUUCUACAUUUCUGUCAUCUCCCGCCGAUUUCAUCGGUUGAGAAUCUGAGUACAACAAGUCGUUGGAAUGGAGACGGAUUUGUACGAAACGAAUUUGCCAGCAGUUCAUAUGCAACCCUGGCGGACUGGCUCCCCAAUGUGGCUGCUGACACUGAGCCUACAGCAGCAACCCCCGUUCUCUUCCCUCAUCACAACUUUAUUGUUGCACUAGACACUCUGUUCGCCGAGCCAACUCAGUGGUUUUCGGCUUUGAAAACCUGGCGCGAUGCCACGUCGGGUUCACAGUCCGAUAUUGACCCUGCCUGGGUCCGCAGAACCCUCCGGGCAUUAACAGAAGUGAAUCCUGGAAACGAUGAUCUGGCUGAAUAUGGCCUUGCUGUGGAGUUUGUGUGCAAUGCCAAAGAUGCCAGGAAAUAUGCGAAAUCGCUACUCAAAAAGCGAUCGUCUAACCUACGACUCUACAACGCCUACGCUCUCAUGGAAUGGCGAUCCGGCAAUCACACGGCUGCCGACCAUGUCUGGGCAACCUCCCUCUCUAUGAGCAAGACCUUCGCCAAUCGCGACAGAGUGGAUAGCGUCAUUCUCUGGCAGACCUGGAUUUGGGAGCUUCUCGAGGCUCGCAAUAUAGCCCAUGCAUCUCACCUCCUCAACUGCAUCCCCCAGAACAGCGUCAAUUUGAAGGACCUUCCUGAUACUUCAAGCCAACCAUCCUUCAGCUCAACAAGUCUGCUAAAGAUUCAGAGUUACCUGUCAGAGGCCCAGCAAAUCGGUCUUGCCAAUGAAAAAGCCAACGUCUUCAUAGCCUGCACAGACUGCCUAGCCAUUCUAUCCUACCUUUCAAAUUCCGAAGACCUCAACAAAGCCUUAGAAUCCUACAGUAGCGCACUUGCCGCACUCGCCUCCCUACCCAACCAAUCCAAGCCAUUCACAGCCUUCACAACCGAGCUCCUCCAUCAAUCCCGCGCCCGCUUCCUCUACCACCACAUCCGCACCAGCAACAUCUACAAACCCUCCCACAUUCGCGCCCUUCUAUCAGAAAGCAUCUCCCUCUUCCGCCACAACACCAUCUUCCUCUCUCUUUUCGCCUGGAACGAAUCGCGCUUCCGCAUCGAAGAACGCGUCCGCGACACAAUCCGCGACAUCACUACCACCAACCCCCGCCCCGACGAUCUCACAGCUACACCCACCCAAAUACCCAUAACCACCCAUCUCUUCUCCAUCUACACCGAACUCAACCGCCCCAUCUACGCCGGCUCGACCCUCCACUCCGUCCGCGCCGCGUUCGAAAAAGCCAUCGGCGACCAAUCCACCUCCAUCUCCACAGCGCACUCUAGCAUCACCCUCUGGAAACUCUACAUCCUCUUCGAACUAUCGCGGAACGAGAUCCAACGCGCCAAGAAAGUCUACUAUCGCGGAAUGCGUGCAUGUCCGUGGUCGAAGGAACUCAUCAUGUUGGCGUUCACGCAUCUCCGAGCGGAUAUUAUUCCCUCACAUGAGUCGAAGGGUGAAGGGAUGAAAUUCAACGAGUUAAGACACGUGUAUAAUGUGUUAGUGGAGAAGGGUUUACGGAUUCAUCUAGAUAUCGAGAUGGAGUUGGAUGAGGUUGCGAUGAGGAGUGUUCCGGGGUUGCCGAUCAAUAUGCCCGAGGAUGCGGAGAGUGAGGAUGAGAAGAUGCAGGGUUAGGUUGAUCACAAGGUAGUUAUCAUAUAGUGUGAUAGGUUAGCGUUGAUUAUGAAUGGACUUGCAUUUUCAUGACAUGGCUUGUGUACGUAUUAUGUUGAUUUAAACAUGUACUCUUCACCUGGACGCAUCGGAUCCCUUCAACGAUCAUGAGUCGUAGAUAGACACUGGGAAAUAUAGUACAGGAUAUUGCAGAUUACGCGACAGACAAACAGAUAGGU